GCCGGUGGCGGGCGCAGGUGGCGGAGGCGCUUGUAGCUGUCGCCCGGCAUGUGGGGCGCAGGCCCAGCCGUUGUAAUCGCCUUGUGCACCGGCCUUUGGCUCUCCCACCUCCGGCCCGCGAAGGGCCAGGAGGCCGGAGGGCGGCCGGGGGCCGACUGUGAAGUAUGUACAGAAUUCUUGGGCAGAUUCUACGACUCCCUGAGAGCCAGAGGAAUCGACUUUGCUCUGGAUACCAUAGAAAAAGAACUGAUCAGUUUUUGCUUGGAUGUCAAAGGAAAAGAGAAUCGCCUGUGCUAUUACCUAGGCGCCACUUCGGAUGCGGCCACCAAGAUCCUUGGCGAGGUCACACGACCCAUGAGUGUGCACGUGCCGGCCAGGAAGAUCUGUGAGAAGCUCAAGAAGAUGGACAGCCAGAUCUGUGAACUGAAAUACGACAGGAAGUUGGACUUGGCCUCGGUGGACUUGCUGAAGAUGAGAGUGGCCGAGCUGAAGCAGAUUCUGUACCGCUGGGGAGAGGAGUGCAAGGCCUGUGCUGAGAAAUCCGACUAUGUGGAGCUCAUCCGGGAGCUGGCGCCCAAGUACGCAGCGGCGCCGGCCCAGACAGAACUCUGAAGCCCGGAUGAUAAUGUGCCACGGGAUGGCAGUGGAGGACACGGUCAUCCGGACCGACAAACCCCAGGAGCUGCGGGGCGUGUGGUCCAUGCUUUGUUGGCUGAAUUGAUAACUCUGAGUGAGUUACUCAGCUCCUGAAGUAA